CGGUUGGUUUGGUCCAGGCUGCACGCUGCCGCUGUGCACGUGCUGAUGUAUAUACACGCGUUUUUUACGGAUAUUUAACGUGUCAGUUAAAAACAGAGCGAAAUUCGCGUUAUUUAGAGAAAAAUCCUGAAGUCCGUGGGAAUUUAAAGCCUGCGGUGUGUUUAAGAGCCGAACAGCGGCCACAGCAGCGGGUGGCAGCCGGCACAGAGCGAGGGGAAGGCGGACAGUCAGCGUGGCGGCUGCGGCUGCGCCUGCGAGCUAAAGGUGUCCUCAGUGUUUCUCUGUGUGUGUUGAGGCUGACCGUCCGUCACCAUGCGGAAGUGUAAGAACUGCGGAGGGACGAAUAUUGAUGUGGAUCAGACACGUGGAGAUGCCGUGUGUAUGGGCUGCGGCUCCGUGUUGGAGGACAACAUCAUAGUUUCUGAGGUAACCUUCGUGGAGAACAGCGGCGGGGGAUCGUCUGCUGUCGGACAGUUCGUGGCAUCAGACGCUAGUGGAAAUGCCCCUUCUUUGGGAGGCAACUUUACUGGGAUGGGAAAGGAGUCCAGAGCCCAGACGCUACAGAAUGCCAAGCGGAACAUAAACCACCUGGGUCACCAGCUGCAGAUGAACCAGCACUGCUUAAACACGGCCUUCAACUUCUACAAGAUGGCGCUGUGCAAGCGGCUGACCCGAGGACGCAAAUCUGCCCACGUCAUCGCAGCCUGCCUGUACCUGGUGUGCAGGACGGAGGGGACACCUCACAUGCUGUUGGACCUGAGUGAUCUACUGCAGGUGAAUGUGUAUGUCCUGGGAAGAACCUUCUUGGCACUGGCAAAAGAGCUGUGCAUCAAUGCUCCAGCCAUAGAUCCCUGUCUGUACGUCCCGCGCUUUGCGCAAAUGUUGGAGUUCGGAGAGAAGAGUCACGAGGUGUCCAUGACUGCGCUGAGGCUCGUGCAGAGGAUGAAGAGGGACUGGAUGCACACGGGACGAAGACCCUCGGGCCUCUGCGGUGCAGCCCUGCUGGUCGCUGCUCGCAUGCAUGAGUUUCAUCGAACUAUCAAAGAUGUGAUCGGAGUGGUGAAAGUGUGUGAGGCCACACUGAGGAAGAGGCUAAGUGAGUUUGAGGACACGCCCACCAGUGAACUGACCAUUGAAGAGUUUAUGAGGGUGGAUCUAGACCAGGAGUGUGACCCACCCUCCUUUAAAGAUGGACUGAGGAGGGUCAGACUGCAAAAGAUCGAGGAGGAGCUGGCAAAGAAAAUAGACGAGGUUCAAGGUGAAAUCUGUGGCUAUCAGGAUGAAAUUGAGAUGGAGCUGGAGAGCAACAGGCCCAAAGCCAGUGGGAUUUACGCAGCUUAUUCGAAAAAUGAUGAUGCAGUGUCCUUGAUGUCGUCCAUCUGCACCGACAUUGAUGAGGAGUGUGAUGAUGAAGAGUUGCGGGCUGUUGCGUCUCACCUGAACAACAGCUCCUGCAGCAACGGGAAGCCAACGGGCGAAGAAGACGAGGAACGACAGGAUGGGCGAGACACACCGCUCAAGCGCCCCUCUCUAGAGGUCCUGUUGGGGCCGCUGCCCACUGCGGCCAGCCUGGGCCUCUCUGAAUCCAUCAACAAGUGUGUUGGAGAGGAGAAGGAGAAUGAACAUGAUGAUGCAUCAGUAAAUGGUGAACUGGAUCUGAGCGGGAUCGAUGAUGAGGAAAUUGAUCGGUACAUCCUGAACGACAAGGAGGUGCAGAUUAAAACCGAGCUGUGGUUGCUGGAGAAUGCAGACUACCUCAAAGAACAGAAAGAAAAGGAGGAAAGGAUAGCUAAGGAGAAGGAGCUUGGUAUCUACAAGGAAAAGAAGUCGCGGAAACCACCGCAGAAACGGCAGCCGAUCAACGCCAGCACGGCGGACGAGGCGAUUGAGAAGAUGCUGGAGCAGAAGCGCAUCUCCUCUAAAAUCAACUAUGACGUCCUGAAGGACCUGAACAAGUCUGCCCCGAAGAGCCCCUCCACCGAGCCCAAAGAGUCUCCGGCACAGGGAAACACCCGGAGACCCCCCGCUCGCCCACGCAAACCCGCCGACCCCUUAGCCGGCCUGCCCUUGCCUGCAAGCACCAUCGGAAAGAGGAUACGACCACUCAUUUCUGCACAACCCUCUAAGAAACAGGCCCUGGAUCAGUCAGUGUUGGGGACCCCAGUGUCAGUGCCUGCAGCCCCUGCCCAGAAUGCCGUGCUGGUGGAGAGUGGGCCGGUGGCGUAUGAGGAUGUAGGGGAUGAAGACGAGGAGGAAGAGGAGGAGCCUUGUGUUAGUGCUAUGCAGAUGAUGGGUGGCAACGACUACGGCUACGACUUUGAUGACGAUGACGGGUUCUAGCUCGGCUCUGUGUGAAGAAGGGGAAUGCUAAAACAGAGAAUACUGCUGGCACACAGCCAAACUCACUAUACUCCUUGCUGCUGCUGCUGACUUAUACUUGAAGAAACCUUAGUUUACACACACUCACAGAACACAGUGCCAGGGAAUUCAGGGACUGAUGCUGGAUUGUGCUUAACCACCUUUAAUUUAGAGUCACGCUCUGUGAAUGUGUCUGUGAGUAAGAGUGUGUGCAUGUGUCCGUGUGUGUGUUAUGUGAGAGUGAGAGGGAGAGGAUAAAGUUAAUGUGCAGUAAUGCUGGGGAUAAUCUCUUUUCGUCCUCGUCUGGCAUUCAUCAUCCACACAGACACAACAGUUAAUUAGGAUAUAUCUGCUCAUCAUUAAAAGCUCUGUUUCACUGUUAGCCAUCAAGUUGCACGGUUUACUUGAUUACUGCUGCCACUUUUGAAGCUCCACAGUUGACUGACAUGGCGAUCCACCAACCGCAAUUUAUUUAUGUAUUUAUUUAUUUAUUUUCGUUAACACACAAUCAGAAACAGUAGUAUGCAAUAGUCGGUAGGUCACAGUCUUUACCACCCACAUUUAGACAAAGAUUUUACACAAUCUAGUGUAUGUAUAAUUUGACCCGGGUUGGUUAGAUACCAUAUGGUGCUGAUUUUCUGAAUGAAAAUGACAUAUAUUAUACAGAGGCUUCACUUCAGGACAAAUGUAUGCACACACACAGACACACACACACACACACACACAUACACACUGUAGGGCAUAAUAAUAAGGUCAUAUUUGACAGACAUAAAUCAUAAAGCUGCUGCAUUCAUUUACAUUUAAUUACACCUGUAUGCACAGCCUGUGUGUGUGUUUGUACACACUUAAAUGCAUUAAAUGCACUGAGGGGUUUGUUGUAUGUGUGUGUGUGUGUGUGUAUGUAGCCUAAAUUGAGGCUGACAUCUCUGGGAGGUGUGUGUGUGUGUGUGUGUGUAUGUAUGUGUAUGUGUAUUCACUAACUACAUUAGAGUGAGAGAUGGCCUAAUGCAUACAGGUCCAUGUACCAUACAUCUAAACACAUUAGACCCUCCCCCUCUGAGGUUGUGUGUGUGUGUGUGUAUGCGUGUGUGUGUUUUGUGUGUGUGUGUGUGUGUAUGCGUGUGAGUGUGUGAGAAAGCCAACAGCGGUGAAAUCAUUUCAAAAGCCAAAGUGUCAUUAUUAGAAGGCCUUACUGUGUAUAUAUAGAUGAAUCAUAUUAAUGUUAAAUAUCUGCUGCUCUGCUCAUGAACAGUACCAGUCAAAAGUUUGGACGUAUCUUAAGUUCAAUUUUUUUUUUUUUUUUUUUUUUCAUUAUUUUAAAAUGUUCUGCAUUGUAGAUUAAUACUACAAUCAUUCACAGACAUGUGGAAUUGUUUAGUAAAAAAAACUAGAAAAUAUUAUAUAUUUCAGAUUCCUCAAAUUAGCACGCUUUUUUUUUAGUUUACAGUUUUGCACAUCUAAACUGGAUUUUCUCAGUCAGUUUUAUGAGGUAGAGUCACCUGGGAUUCAGGCUUUCAGUUAACAGCUGUGCUGAACUCAUCAAGAGUUAUAUACUUGAAUUUUUUGUCUCUUAAUGUUUAGUUUGAGAGCAUCGGUUGUGUAAAGUUGUGAAGAGGUAGAGUUGCAAGUAUACAGUGAAUAAUAGCUAUAUUUGAGUAAUAUUCUAAUCUAUAUUGGGGCAAGAACUAGUCAACUAUGUAAAGGUCAGUCAAAAAUGAUAUGAUGAAACUGGCCCUCAUCAGGACCGCCCUAGGAAAGGAAGGGCAGGAGUUUCCUCUCUUGUACAGGAUGAGUUCAUCAGAGUUACCAGCCUCAGAAACCGCAAGUUAACAGCUCCCCAGAUAAGAGCAUUUCGGUUUUGGUUUGUUUAACACUUUUAAGUUACUACAUGAUUUAUAGUUCAUAUUCUGGAUGAAUUCAGUAUUCAUUUACACUGUAGGAAAUGAGUAAAUUAUAAUAAAAAAAUAAAUAAAUAACUGAAAAGGUUUGUCCAUAUUUUUGACUGGUACUGUAUUUGUGUUUGAAUUUGAGGUUUAGUUCGGAACUGUUUGUUAUACUGUGAUGCGUUACCUUUUCAGUGUUAAUGCUGCAGUUAACUCAGCGGUGUCUGUAUAUAAGUGUAAAUAUAGAAUGAAAGAAUGGGAAAAAGGA